UUUUUUUCCCAAUUUUUCAGAGAAUUCUCAAUCUAUAGACUUUCAUUUAACUUCAAAAUGUUUAUUUUUCAUAUAAUUGUUGUUUUUCCAUCGUUGUUAAUUCUAAAACAAUUUGAAAGUUGCAGAGAAGAGCAGGUUCUAUGCUACACUUAUAUAUUUACAACAGAACAAUUACUUCCUUGGAGUAUUUUAGCAAGUUUUGUUUCAACAUUCUUUUUAUUGGAAGAUAGAUGGAAAGCAUUAAAAAUAACCAGAUUUUUUGUUUGGCCAUUACUUAUUCUUCUUUAUUUACAUUGGAUUUUUGAAUCUAUGGUUAUGACAAUGAAGGGAAAGCCUUCAACUUCUCAAUCUGUCCAUAAUACAAUUAAUUUAUUUGAAAAUCUCAGUCAAUUAUUAGCCAAAUCUAUUUUUUCUGUUACUCUAGUUCACUUUUUUGCCAUAAAAUUAUUUGGAGAUGAAAAUUUAAAUAAAAUUGAUUGGUUAAAGUCAAUAUAUCAAAUGAUUAGUUUACCUUUAAUUAUGUUGAUUGGGGCUGAAUAUGGAUGGAGAACGGCUUUUUGUUUGUUUUUAUUUCCGGUGGCAGACUUUUUCUUUCAAAAUGGUGGGUAA